AUGUCAAGUCAUAUUACUGCGAGCCUUCAACCGGCAAAGGAAAGGUUAGUCAAUCUUCUUAAAGAAAUAAAUGAACUGGAACUCAAAUCUCCAGAACCAAAUAUGAGCGUUAAUGUGAAUGAGCAGAAUAAAAUCUGUCAACAUUCACUUACUCAAAUCAAUAUUAAAUCUACAACUAUCAAACCGGAGCAAAAACAACGAUACAACCCCGGAGGAACUUCAGCACUGUCGACAAUAAAAGAUAAUCAAAAUACUUCGAAAACUACAACAACGAAAAAACGACCAUGUGUAUUCUGCAAUCAAGAUCAUUGGGACAGCGAUUGCGUGAACUACACGACUCUCAAUGCUCGACUUAAUCGUCUCAAAGUAUUAAAGAAAUGUACUAUUUGUCUUCGAGACAGUCACAAAGGACAGAAUUGUAAUGUCAAAAGACAAUGUUUUUAUUGCAAAAGCUUACAUAAUAGUGCUCUGUGUAAUAAAAGGAAUUCACUUUCUUUAAACAAUACAAUGUCUCAAAGAAAUGAAGAGCAAGAAAGAAUUGGACCUUCGAAACGAAAGGAUUGUUCAACUUCUCUCUACAACUCGACAUUAACAACUCGAUCCAAACAGACAAAGGAAACUUUACUUUUAUGUAAGGAGAUAAAGGUUUUUAAUUCAUCACAACCUCAACUACAACAAAAUGCUCUUGCAUUAUUUGAUAUUGGAUCACAACUCUCCUUCAUUUCCAAAAAAUUAUCACGUCAAUUAAAGUUAACCGAAACAGAAACUCAAAUUAUGAGAAUAGCUCCUAUUUGGUAUGAAAGAACCGAAAUCAUGUCCCACUGCUCGCAUACAACUAAAUGCGAAUUAUAUCCUAAAGAAGUAGUAUAUUCUACAAAUGCCAAUAUUAACUCGGAGCUAGAAAAAUUUUGGAAAUUAGAAACGAUUGGUAUUCAAGAAUCACCUCAAGAUGAUGAUGAUGAUCAAGCUUUAAAGCAUUUCAAACGGACCAUCAUCAAACAGGGUAAAAGAUAUCAGGUUUGUUGGCCAUGGAAGGACUCCAAACAAAAAUUAAGCAAUAAUUAUGGAUUAUGCCUGGGACGAUUGAAGAAUUUGAUCAACCGCCUACAACAUAAUUCAAAUCUCCAUUCAUAUCAUCAAAUACUUAUGGAUCAACUACAUUCAGGUAUAAUUGAAGAAGUACCUCCAAAGGAUGAGGUAGGCAUUAUUCAUUACUUACCACAUCAUGAAGUAUUAACUCCUAGUAAAUCAACAACUAAAUUGAGAAUAGUAUACGAUGCUUCAGCACAUCACAAAGGUUUUAAAAGCUUAAAUGAAGUAUUAUAUCGAGGUCCAGUAAUGUUACCGGAUUUAGUUGGAGUAAUAUUACGUUUUUGGAUGAUGAGAAUAGUAAUAACGACUGAUAUCGAAAAGGCACUUUUACAACUAGAACUAUAA